AAAUGUUGCGAACGAGUAAAACUUGUUUUUCAAUUUCUCUAAACUCUGAAUGUCGGCUUCUAAGGGCUUUCGAACCAAAUUUUGCUCAAACGAUUCAUACAAAAACUUAAUGCAAAAUUUCUUUUUUUAAAUUUAUUUUAUGACCUGUUUCGGUGCUAAUGAGAAACCAAAUGAACUGGAUAAAGCAUAGUACUUAGCAGGUACAAGGACAACAUGCAUCUUUAACAAGAUUCGAUGCUCAUCCUCGUACUUCAUCUCAUUUUCAAGUCUUUCUAACAAGAUUUACGAUCUUACUUCAACAUGCGUGUGCUCCAAGUGUUGUGUGCGCUCUAUCUGUUUUAUGAGAUAGAUUCGCUGUCGGACAGAGGUGAGCCUAAGUUAACCACUUCUUUAUCAUUCUCUAGAUGAAAUUUUUAAGGAAUAUCCCACUGAUUUUAAUAAUGAUUAAACGUUUAAAAGUAAAGUUUGUGUUUAAUCUACCCGCCCCAAGCAGUUCUAUACACUCCAAGCAGUUCAAUACACUCCUACGUAACUUACACCGCCCCAAAAAAUCUAUACUCUCAUACCUAGCUUAAUCACGCCACCCAAACGAAUCAAUCCUUUCAUACUCACCCCACACCCCAAAGAAACAACAAUGCCACACACUCUCAUAUAUCCCUCCCGAAACAGAUCUAUACUCUCAUAAACAGAUAUAUUCUCUCAUAAACAGAUCUCUACUCUUAUAAUCAGAUCUAUUCUCUCUUAAACAGAUCUAUACUCUCAUAAACAGUUCUAUAGCCUCAUAAACAGAUCUAUACUCUCAUAAACAGAUCUAUACUCUCUAUACUCUCCCCCCUUUUCUACAAAAGAUCAAUCGUCCAUGUUCUCACCUAACUUAUCCUUUCCCCCAAAAAACCAGAUCCAUCCUUGUAUACCUAGCUUACUCCCCCCCCCCCCCCACCUCCUCUUAUCCUUAGAUUACAUUUCCCCCCCCCCCCAAAGAUCCAUCCUUUUAUACCAGGCUUACGCACCCCCCUCCCACCAACAGAUCCCUCCUCUCACACCUAAGUUUCCCAUACAUUACUAUUAUUAUUUACAGCAGCCUGCCCUGAGGUGAGUUUGAGAAAUGGACAGAUACUUCCAGUUCACGAAAACAUUCAGAUGGUGAGGUACAUGUGUCUUGAAGGGUUCACUCGGUACGGCCCAAGUGUGUCCAUGUGUUUGGAGGGAGGCGUGUGGUAUCCUGAAGCUCCUAUGUGUGUCAGUAGGUCAAGUUUACCAACAAACGUUUUCUCUAAUUUUUUUUUUCUCUUUCUUUAACAAAUGUGAAUAGUUACAAAUUGUAUUGCAAAUAAAUGAAAUGAAGUAGCCGUAUGUUGAUCGUUUUCCCCAUUUAAACUUGCCCCCUUAGUGCUUGAUUUGAUAAAUGAAUUUGUAAAAAUUCCAACAUUGUGAUAGACUUAGCUCAGAUGAAAUAGUUAAAGAAUUGUAAGAAACAUCUAAAAGGGGAAUAACUGUUUAAUUACGAUAUUUACCGAACCCAUAAUUCCUCUUACCCACCCUUACUUCCCAUUACGUCUUAUAAAGAUUUUCAAAUGUUAUAUCUAUUAUAUUUAAAAAAAAAAAACACAAUUCUUAUGGUAUUUAACCUGCAAUUUAUUUUGGAAAUGUGUUUAUUUUGUUUCAUUUGCAUUUUUUAAUUUUAAUUUUAAUUUAUUUUCAAGAAAACGGAUGCAUCAAGCCAAAAGUUUUCAAAAGAGGAAAAAUUCACGAAGCUAAAUCGGAUAAACUGAAAGGGGCCCUCAUCAGUUUCACUUGUGACAGAGGCUAUUUCAGGAAAGGCACCGACCGACUGCUCUGUGACGGUGACAAGUGGAGCGGCGACCUACCGGGCUGUAAACCAUGUGCGUCUGACCAAAUAAUAUCAGUGAAAUAAUAUCAGUGUACUAAACACACGUCCGUUACUAGUGUAUAGGGGAGAUUGACGUCAUUUUUCAUAAUGAGUUUUGCGGAACACAUGACUUAAAGAAGACAAAAAAAACAUUAAACCUCUGCAUACAGUUAACCUGACAGAUUUCAAUCUAAAAUCUAUUUCUGAAGCAUUACCAACGUAAUGCCCAAACGUUUGUAGUCAUUAACACAUUGCAGUGAUUUGCAAGCCUCUACACACAUUUGGAAAUGUUCAUUAGCCUUAGGAUAAAAGUUGUUCGGCUAUUCGCAAGCAGCCAGUUUUGCGACAACUUAUUUUUACGUGGAAAAAGCGCUUUUUUAUUUUAUUUAUUUUUUUUGACGUUAUGAAAAACCUGAAUUCCCUUUGUAAAGUUUUCUUAGUUCCACACAACAGGCACAUUUUAAUAUUGAAUAUUUUAUGGGACAAGUAACGUCUGCAUGCUUUGUAUAACUCAACUAUUUAACUGAGUUUGUACAUCCGGAAAUAUAAUCUUUAAUAGUCAAGUAUUCAUGAACUGAUUGAAUUAUUCCUAGAACAACCCACAUAAUAUGUAUUAAUCCAAAAAUGAAAUGCAGUGAUUAUAUUAACACUUAAAUCUUUUAAAAGUUUUCAACAUUAUUCUUGACAUGCGCAUAUUCUGUAAUUAAAAUAACACCGUUUUAAAAUACGUUUUUCUAGUGAACGAUGGGCCCGUUGGAUGUGACUUCGAAGAUGAAUUUCUGUGUGGGUGGAGUCAAGACAAUGACGAUGAUUUUGAUUGGACUAGGUGGCGAGGUAAAACGCCCACUAAUGACACUGGACCAGCAAGCGACUAUACGACAAAUACUACAGGAGGUAAUUCUAUCGAUCACGUAUACAUCAAUUAUGCAUGAUAACUAUAAAAAUGAUCUUUAAGAUCUAAUAAUUGUUAAUGAAAGUUCCUUAUUCGAUCGUGAACAGAAGACUUUCCUUUGCUCCAUCAGGUCACUACUUGUUUUUAGAAUCGUCCGCACCACAAUGUACACAAGACAGGGCCAAUCUGAUUUCCAUGAUCUUCCCACCUGCGUAUGCCACAGGCAGGUGCAUGGAGUUUCGGUAUCACAUGUAUGGCAGAGGUAAGUGACUUUAAGUGAUGUUUACAUACACAGUUGUAUGGCCCAGGUGAGUGACUUUUAGUGAUGUAUAUAUAUACACACACACUUGUAUGGCACAGGUGAGUGUGUUUAAGUGAUGUAUACAUACACAUUUGUAUGGCUCAGGUGAGUGACUUUAACUGAUGUAUACUGUAACGGACUAUGUUUUCACAUGUAAACAGAGAGGUAGCAUGAGUGGACAGUGAGUGUGUUCACCAGGUUUUUCCACGGGGAGAGACAAUCAAUGUGGAUUGUAUUUUUGAGAACAAAUGUGAACUCCACGUUUUUGGAGAGUAAAAUUAUGUUUUUGUCAGAGCGGUUGUUUUGCACGCUUUGCUGGUAAUAAAGUAUGAGUUGACUGAGAUAGUAGAGAGCUGAGCGCAGAGCAGUAGAGUCAGUCAGUAGCGUGAGAGCUGUGAGAUUAGACAGUUGAGCUGAGUUAUAGUAGUCUGAGGACGUGUCUUUCUUAAUGAUGGAAUACUAUAGAUAUAUAUGUGAAAUUACAUUCAUGCAAGGAUUAUUUAUUAAUAUUAUCAAUAUAAAGUGUGUUCAAUAAAGUACUGUGAGUUUUAACUAGAAUUGAGUAUUCUUCUUUACGUGCCUGAAUAAUAAGUGAAAGAAUGAAGAAGACUGAGUCGGCAUCCUGAAGCGUUAAUAUAAGUAACCAUACUACUGACAUAACCCACAGCAUAAGAAAUAACAUCCCACGCCAUGUCAGAGUAGAAGUGUGUUACAAAUGGUGUCAGAAGCGGUGUAACGACGAUGCGUUACAAAUAUUGUCAGAAGUGUCAGAACAACGAUGUAUUACAGAACAUUGAGUAACAAUGAUAUAUUUUAACAUUCGAAUCGAACGUCAUUACGCCCGAGUAUUUGUCAAGUCUGAGAAGAGUCCACGACACACAGAGCAAGCUGACAACGAUUGAAUUUAGGUCAGUCACGGGAGUCAAAAGUUGAGAGUUCAAACAGCUAACUGGUACACUGUUUCAAUUAUAUAACAGUGGAGUGAAUAUUCUCGUGGAAGAAACAGCAAGAAAUCUAUUUUACAGUUAUUAGUCAACGAAAGAGAUGAUCCACACAAAACCAAAAGAAGUCUGAUGUCAUUACAGAUGAGAUGUUUUAUCAAGACAGCGGAAGUAAGAUUUCCCCAGCAUAAUCUUUACUUUAUACAAGCCGCACAGUUCAAGUCAAGUAAUUCUUCAAGUAAUUCUUCAAUUACUCACAAGUGCAACAGAACCGGAGAGAAAUUAGACAAUUUUCAAUUAUUGGAUUAUCACAAUUACACUAUUACGCAAGGUACUUACAUUGGAGUAUUGCAGCAAUUUGUGGUGUAACUUUUCUCAUUGGAUUAUUUUACCCAAGUACACUACCACAUAGGAUUAUCUACUACCUAGAAGGAGCAUCUACUACAUAGGAUUAUCGAUUACACAGAAAUCAUAGCGUCACAGAGGAGCAGAGGUGACCAACUACGGAUUUCUUUUAAACACUUGGUAUUUAUGUAUUUAUGUGUUAUGUAUUAUAUAUAAUUUAAGACUUUAAAAAUCUACUUAUAUCAUACUUAAUUAGAUUAAGUAAAUUUUUAACUUUUUCUGUGUAAUAUAAGUUUAAUUUUAGAGUAUACUGUAGGGACAUCCACGGUGUUAUCUUUCCUAGGGAAGUUUUUUUAUUAAAACGGUAAAGGUUUCUUCUGGCCCUAUUUAUAACACUGUAGGAUAAUUUUGUGUUAGCUGUGAAGUCUAGUUUGUACAUUGUCAUAACUGUUGUUUUUUAGUAGAUCGUGUCAUAUUUGUGCUAUUUGUCUUGUCAUUGUUAUACAUAUUGUCAACCUACUGUCAUAUUUUCUACUAUCUUGUGGUCCAUAAACUACACAGUACUUUUGUAUUUGUUGUCUCAUUUGUAUUCAUGUAAACGUCUACAUAUCUGUAUUUAUGUUGUGAAGUAGACAAUUUAAUUAUUUUAAAUUUUUCUUACACUUAUUUAUAACUUAUAAUUCAUGUAUCAACUUGCAUUUGUGUAUACAUUCAUUAACAUGUAGAUAUAUGAAAUAUCGUAAACUAUUUUAAUUGAUAACCAAAGAAUAAGGAGAUAACUGAUAUACUGAUACAUAACAAUAUAAUUUUAGUUACUCACAUUACACAUAAAAAAUGGCAGAGUACUUGGAAUUAUUAGAAGUAGGUGAGAAGCUUGGUUUGAAGCAGGAGAAAUUAACUGACUUCGUAACUCGAGAAAUGGACAAAAUACGAGACAGACAGAAAGAAGACAAAGACCGACAAGACAAAGACAAAGACCGAGAAGCUAGAAUGUUAGAGAGAAACGAUCUUAAACAAAUAGAAGAAAUGAAAUUAAAAGGACAAAAAGAAAUAGAAGAACUUAAAUUAAAAGAACAGGAUAUGAAAUUAAAAGAACAGGAUAUGAAAUUAAGAGAGGAAGAAAUAAAACUAGAAAGAGCUAGAAUAGAAUCAGGACAGCAUACACCAUCAACAAGCAAUAGAGAAACCAAUAGCACAUAUAAACCCAAAUUUAGAGAAUUUAAUGAACAUAAAGAAGAAAUUAUUAGUUAUCUGUCACAAUUUGAAGGCAUAUGUCAGUCUUACAAUUAUAGAGAAGAGACUUGGGCUAAUAUUUUAUUGAGCAGAUUAUCAGGGAAAAGCCUAAGCAUUAUCAAUUCACUUAGUGAAGAACAAAAGAAUAAUUAUACAUAUAUAAAGAAAGUUUUGUUAAAGUUCUAUGGAAACACAGAAGACAUUUAUAGAAAAAAUUUCCACAACAUAAGACUAGAGAGAGAAGUAGAUCCUAACACCACCAUAUUCAAUAUUAGAGACAAUCUUGUCAAAUGGCUUGAAUUAACUGAAAUUGACCUAAAUGAUCCAAAAGCAUUACUGGAUAUGUUUAUCAUAGACAAAAUAUUAAGAAAUGCAUCAGUCUCUUUAUUUUCAUUCCUUAAAGAGAGAAAGAUUAAAAAUGAGCGUGAGUUAGUUGACUCAAUCACAACAUUUAAAGAUGCUCACCCCAAUGAAGAGCUAGACAAUAGAAACAGCACACUAGCCUCUAUUAGAAACACACCCAGUGAUAGGGACAGUCAAAAACAAAACACAUAUCAAAACAGAAGAUACCAUAGCCUACCUGCCAGAUGGCAAAACAAUAAAUUUCAGAAAAGUCAUCAAAACAAUUACCAAACACCAUAUACUAAUUAUUCAAACAACAACAAAUGUUUCUACUGUGGCAUUCCAGGUCACAAAAAAUAUGAGUGUAGGAAAUUACAUAGAGAUUUAGGACAUUCACAACAAUACUAUCAGAGAACAUCACCCAACAGUAGUCCAAUUAGAUACAACAGUGCAAAUAGGAGUAGACAACCAUAUAAAAAUCAAAGAUAUAAUUCCAAUCAGACUAACAGUAGACAAAACACCAAACCACAUGAAACUUUAGCUAGCGCAUGUCACAGUGAAGGAAGUUUACAAUUUUUUCCUUCUUAUGUAAACAACCAACUUGUUCAGUGUCUAAGAGACACAGGUUGUACAACAAUAGUAGUUGACAAAAAAUUGAUUGACCCUAAAGACCAUAUAUCUGAAAAAACCACAGUCAUGUUAGCAAAUAACACAAAAGUUGAAUGUUAUAAAGCAGUAGUGGACAUAGACUGUCCAUGGUUGACAGGAAAGGUAACGGCAGUACUUAUGGACAACCCAGUAUGUCAGUUAAUAAUUGGAAAUAUUAAAGAAAUUCCAGAUAAUUCCCAAGAACUAUUCUUAAAUUGGAUUGAAUCAAAAAAUUUAACCAAAGAAUAUAUAAGUGCAAUAACAAGACAACAACAUAAAACUAGUCAGACACAGCCCGAAAUAGAAGAAAAAUUAGACAUUCCAAAACAAAUAUCUAGAGAAGACAUAAUUAGAAUGCAGACAGAAGAUAGGCAAAUUCAGGACAUUAGAAACAAAAUUAAGGACAAUAACACAAUUUAUAGAGGACAUAAUUACACAAUAAAACAUAAUAUUCUAAUCAGAAAUUUUGAGAAAGGUGAAAUCAAAAAAUCUCAAAUAAUAGUACCAUUAAUACUCAGAAACAAAAUACUCAACCAUGCACAUGACAGUCCUUUGGCUGGACACAUGGGUAUAAAAAAAACAUUAGAAAGGGUCACACAGAAUUUUUAUUGGCCAGGCAUACACAAGGACAUAAAGAAACACAUAAACAAAUGCAUACCAUGUCUGACAAAAAACCCAAUACACAGUAAACACAGAGCACCCAUACAACCCACAGACAAAAUAGGUAGAAACUUUGAGAAGGUAGCUAUAGAUAUCAUUGGUCCUCUUAAUCCACCAUCAAAUAAGGGACACAAAUUUAUUUUAACCAUGAUUGAUAUGGCAUCUAGAUGGCCAGAGGCAAUUCCCCUCAAAAACAUUAAUUCAGAAACAAUUUGCAUGGCAUUAUUAGAUGUAUUUACAAGACAUGGGUUCCCUGAUAAAAUAUUGUCAGAUAAUGGAACACAGUUUACUUCCAACUUAACCAAUGCAGUUACAAAAAUGCUAGGUAUAAUACAAGUACAUUCCACAAUAUAUAGACCACAGGCUAAUGGUAUGGUAGAACGAUGGAACAAAACACUAAAAACAAUGUUAAAUAAAACAACAAUAGACCACCCUAGAGAAUGGCACCUAUAUAUACCCAUGGUUUUAUUCGCCUAUAGAGAGAGUAUACAAGACACCACUGGGUACUCUCCAUUUGAGCUAAUGUUUGGGGCCAAUCCAAAGGGACCGUUAACUCUUUUUAAAGAAAAUAUUUUAGGCCAGAAAGGCACACAACAAGACACAUUUGACAUAAUUACAAAAAUUAGAGAGAGGAUUACAUAUGGCAUAGAAAAUGCUAAAGAAAACACUGAUAGGGAGUCUAAAAGACAAAGACAUAUAAAGAAUACACAUAGAUACCUCAGAGAUCUUAAAGUACAUGAUAAAGUUUUGGUAUGGUUGCCAAACAAUAAUGGACAAAAGAUUUGGCAGGGUCCGUUUACAAUUCAUGACAAGUUAAAUUUAGUUGAUUAUGUAAUUCACAUGAAGGGUGAAUUGAAAGUCCUACAUGUGGACUUGCUCAGAAAAUAUGACUCUGUUCCUGAAGAGUUAGAAACCAUCAGUAAUGAAAUAAGUAGCACAGCCACCGUUGCUAGUGUUAUACAAUUAGAAGACAAUGAAAAUAACACCACAACAAACAGACACUUAACAACAAUUCUAAAAGAAUACAAAGAUGUCAUCACAGAGAACAUAGGACACACUAGCAGUUUAGAACACAAGAUAAUAUUAACACAGGAACCCACAUUCAAACACAAAAUCUAUCCAAUUCCAUAUGCAUUUAGGGAAGAAGUAAAGAAAGAACUAAAUCAUUUAAUACAGACUAACAAGAUUAAAAGAUCAGAUUCACCAAUAGCAUCACCCAUGGUAGUAGUAAAAAAGAAAAAUGGCCAGUGCCGUAUAUGUUGUGACUAUAGGGAGUUAAAUAAAAUCACACAAUUAGAUGCAGAACCCAUGAGGGACACCAGAGAACUACUGGAAGAAAUAGGCUCCUCCACAUUAUUCACCCACUUAGAUUUAAACAGAGGAUUCUGGCAAAUAGGCAUGCAUCCGGAUUCCAUGCCUUUGACUGCAUUUGCCACAGAGGAAGGCUUGUUCGAAUGGACAGUAAUGCCAUUUGGUCUAGUUAAUUCCACCGCAACAUUUUCUCGAUUCAUGCGAAUCAUGUUAGAAGGCAUACCAAAUGUAGUACAUUUUGUCGAUGAUAUCUGCAUUCACACUAAGGAUAUGAAGACACAUAUAGAGACUAUAAAAACAGUACUAAACAAAUUAAGAGCACAUGGAGUUACAAUAGCACCAAACAAAUUAAAGUUUGCACAAGAGGACAUUGAAUUUUUAGGAUUUAAAGUCGGUAAAAACACAAUUCAGCCCACAGAACACAACAGAGGAAAAAUACUAAAUAUAAAAACACCACACACUCAGAAAGAAGUAAAAGCCAUUUUAGGUUUGUGCAAUUUUUACAGCACUUUUGUUCCAAAAUUUUCUGAUGUUACACUACCCUUAAGGAAACUAAUAAAUAAAGAUAGCAAGAAACAAAUAGUAUGGACGGAUGAAUGCGAAAAUACACUGAGAACAAUCAAAGAAAUUUUCCAAAGUGACAACAUAUUGUUAUCACCCAAUUUUAAACAGUCUUUCACUCUAGUUACAGACGCCUCCAACAUUGGAUUAGGAGCUUGCCUUAUGCAAGAAUACAAUCAUAAAUUAAGACCAAUUACCUAUUUAAGUAGAGCAUUAAGCAGAACUGAAAUUAACUACUCAACCAUUGAAAAAGAAUGCUUAGCAAUUGUGUGGGCACUUACCAAACUACAGAAAUAUCUAUUAGGCAGAAAAUUUACAUUAUUGACUGAUCACAAGCCAUUAAUGGCACUAAAUAGAAAGAAAAUAGCGAAUAGUAAAAUAAACAGAUGGUCGUUGAUACUAUUAGAUUAUCAGUAUGAGAUAAGGACAAUAAAAGGAAAAGACAAUACAGUAGCUGAUUUCCUUUCCAGACACAUUGAACAUGCAGACAAUGACAAAGACACUGACUUAAGACACAUUAGUCAGACAUUCUAAAUGAAUAUACACACAUACGUUCACUCAGUUUUUUGAUAAGACACUUGUACAUAUCAAUUUUUGUAAAUGAAUAUCAGAUUUUAACCGAUUGUAAAUUUUCUAAUGCAAAAUUUAAGAUUGUUACAUUCAUUUUGCAGUGUUUAUUAUUCAUUAAGAUGUUAAUGUCACUUCACAUUAUCAUACAUAAAGAUUUUAAGAGGUUGUCAUUGGUGAUUUUUUAAUUUUUUGCCAGGGUAAAUUAUUCACUAUUAAGUGUGAUAUUAACAGUAAAAGACUCUGUAUUUCAUAAUGAUGAAAUGUUAAUGUUGUUACACUGAUUUGAUUGUUAGAUGUGGGAUUGAAAAUUUCUAAGAGACAUUAUCAUUAUUUCAGCAUAUUAUUUUGUGCCAAAAAUUUUGUUGCACAAAAUUUUUUCAGAUGGGUGGGGCAUGUAACGGACUAUGUUUUCACAUGUAAACAGAGAGGUAGCAUGAGUGGACAGUGAGUGUGUUCACCAGGUUUUUCCACGGGGAGAGACAAUCAAUGUGGAUUGUAUUUUUGAGAACAAAUGUGAACUCCACGUUUUUGGAGAGUAAAAUUAUGUUUUUGUCAGAGCGGUUGUUUUGCACGCUUUGCUGGUAAUAAAGUAUGAGUUGACUGAGAUAGUAGAGAGCUGAGCGCAGAGCAGUAGAGUCAGUCAGUAGCGUGAGAGCUGUGAGAUUAGACAGUUGAGCUGAGUUAUAGUAGUCUGAGGACGUGUCUUUCUUAAUGAUGGAAUACUAUAGAUAUAUAUGUGAAAUUACAUUCAUGCAAGGAUUAUUUAUUAAUAUUAUCAAUAUAAAGUGUGUUCAAUAAAGUACUGUGAGUUUUAACUAGAAUUGAGUAUUCUUCUUUACGUGCCUGAAUAAUAAGUGAAAGAAUGAAGAAGACUGAGUCGGCAUCCUGAAGCGUUAAUAUAAGUAACCAUACUACUGACAUAACCCACAGCAUAAGAAAUAACAUCCCACGCCAUGUCAGAGUAGAAGUGUGUUACAUAUACAUACACAGUUGUAUGGCACAGGUGAGUGGCUUUAAGUGUUGUAUACUUACACAGUUGUAUAGCUCAGGUGAGUUUCUUUAAGUGAAGUAUACAUACACAGUUGUAUGGCACAGGUGAGUUUCUUUAAGUGAAGUAUAAUACAAAAUUGUAUGGCACAGGUGAGUGUUUUUAGGUGAUGUAUACAUACACAGUUGUAUGGCAUAGGUGUGUGUUUAAAUAAAAUAUGCAUACAAAAUUGUAUUGUAGAGGCAAUGUUCUUCAAAUGAAAUAACAUGCUUAGUUGUAUGGCACAGGUAAAGGUCCUAAAAUGAAGUAUACACCAUCAGAUCUAGUGUCUUCAAAUGAAGCAUAAAUGCUCAAUUGUAUGACACAUGUGUGUGUCUUCAAAUAAAGUACACAUGCUCAGUCUGAUUCAAUCUUUGCAUUUAUUGUUCUUUUAAUAGAAUCACUUGUGAAGAAAAAUCGUUAAAAAUAAAUUUGGAAUCUGUAAAAGUCGCUGAAAGCUAACACUAUAUUGACAUUUCAGUCUGUAAAAGUCGCUGAAAGCUAACACUAUAUUGACAUUUCAGUCUGUAAAAGUCGCUGAAAGCUAACACUAUAUUGACAUUUCAGUCAGUAAAAGUCGCUGAAAGCUAACACUAUAUUGACAUUUCAGUCUGUAAAAGUCGCUGAAAGCUAACACUAUAUUGACAUUUCAGUCUGUAAAAGUCGCUGAAAGCUAACACUAUAUUGACAUUUCAGUCUGUAAAAGCCGCUGAAAGCUAACACUAUAUUGACAUUUCAGUCUGUAAAAGUCGCUGAAAGCUAACCCUAUAUUGACAUUUCAGUCUGUAAAAGUCACUGAAAGCUAACACUAUAUUGACAUUUCAGUCUGUAAAAGUCGCUGAAAGCUAACACUAUAUUGACAUUUCAGUCUGUAAAAGUCGCUGAAAGCUAACACUAUAUUGACAUUUCAGUCUGUAAAAGUCGAUGAAAGCUAACACUAUAUUGACAUUUCAGUCUGUAAAAGUCGCUGAAAGCUAACACUAUAUUGACAUUUCAGUCUGUAAAAGUCGCUGAAAGCUAACACUAUAUGGAUAUUUCAGUCUGUAAAAGUCGCUGAAAGCUAACACUAUAUUGACAUUUCAGUCUGUAAAAGUCGCUGAAAGCUACACUAUAUUGACAUUUCAGUCUGUAAAAGUCGAUGAAAGCUAACACUAUAUUGACAUUUCAGUCUGUAAAAGUCGCUGAAAGCUAACACUAUAUUGACAUUUCAGUCUGUAAAAGUCGAUGAAAGCUAACACUAUAUUGACAUUUCAGUUGUAUGUAUUCAUCAUCCUUUUAUAAAUGUAAUUUUUUUAAAAAAGAUUAGAUAUUUUAUUAAAAAUACACAAUUUUGACAUUUAUAGGGUCCGACAAAUUAUCUCUUAAACAAUUUUUGCAAUUAAAAAAUUAAAAUUUCUUUGCAAAAAUAAAUGAAUUAGUUCAACCGCAUGCAUCAAAUACAUUAGAUAUUACAGAUACACCUUUGAUCUGAUUUUUAUGAUUUCAUUUUAAUUUUUAACAAAUUAUUCAUUCUAUUCUUUUUUUUUGUUGUUACUCAUCCCUUAUUUCUUUCUUUGAGAGGUUUAAAACGUUAUGAAUAGUUCCAUGUGAUAAAGUAUAAGAAAUAUAAAUUGUGUUUAAACUUGACAGCUAUACAGUGCAAAUUAUAUCAAACGUUGCCUUGACGCUAUACGUAUCUUUCAGAUGUCGGAGAGCUUUCCGUCUUUGUGACGCCCGCGAACUUUGACACAUCCAAGAUGAGCACAAAGGAACGCGUGUUUCACGUGGCUGGUAAUCAAGGUACGGACUGGCACUUGGGAAAUGUCAUGUUACCGAGUCAACAGAGGGCGUUUCAGGUUUGUUCAUUUAAAAAAAAAAAGAUAUCUUACAUAAGUAUUGGUGAUUUCUAAUGCGUAUUCAACAUUUUAACCGAGUCUGUGCUAAAGGUAGAAUAUUUUCAGAAUCGACUUCAGAAGAAACGUGCGACUUGAAGGAUAUCCCAUAAACCAAGGGUCUGGUUUCAAAUUGACACUAUCAUUUGAAGAGCAACAAGAAUGCUUUUCAUUGAAGGAUUUUCUAAACGUGUCCAACUUACCUAAAGACUUCGUCUCUUGCCCAGGAGAAAACACGCGUUUAGACAACACGUGAAUGAGACAAUGCAUGAAUGGGACAAGGCAUGAAUGGGACAAGGCAUGAAUGGGACAAGGCAUGAAUGGGACAAGGCAUGAAUGGGACAAGGCAUGAAUCGGACAAGACAUGAAUGAGACAAGGCAUGAAUGGGACAAUGCAUGAAUGGGACAAGGCAUGAAUGGGAUAAGACAUGAAUGGGACAACGCAUGAAUCGGACAAGACAUGAAUGGGACAAUGCAUGAAUGGGACAACGCAUGAAUUAGACAAGACAUGAAUGAGACAAGGCAUGAAUGGGACAAGACAUGAAUGGGACAAGGCAUGAAUGGGACAAGACAUGAAUGAGACAAGGCAUGAAUGGGACAAUGCAUGAAUUGGACAAGGCAUGAAUGGGACAAGACAUGAAUGAGACAAGGCAUGAAUGGGACAAGACAUGAAUGGGACAAGGCAUGAAUGGGACAAGACAUGAAUGAGACAAGGCAUGAAUGGGACAAGGCAUGAAUGGGACAAGGCAUGAAUGGGACAAGACAUGAAUGGGACAACGCAUGAAUCGGACAAGACAUGAAUGAGACAAGGCAUGAAUGGGACAACGCAUGCAUGGGACCAGGCAUGAAUGUGACAAGGCAUGAAUGGGACAAGACAUGAAUGAGACAAGGCAUGAAUGGGACAAGACAUGAAUGGGACAAGGCAUGAAUGGGACAAGACAUGAAUGAGACAAGGCAUGAAUGGGACAAUGCAUGAAUGGGACAAGGCAUGAAUGGGACAACGCAUGAAUCGGACAAGACAUGAAUGAGACAAGGCAUGAAUGGGACAACGCAUGCAUGGGACCAGGCAUGAAUGUGACAAGGCAUGAAUGGGACAACGCAUGCAUGGGACAAGGCAUGAAUGUGACAAGGCAUGAAUGGGACAACGCAUGAAUCGGACAAUGCAUGAAUGGGACAAUGCAUGAAUGGGACAAUGCAUGAAUGGGACAACGCAUGAAUCGGACAAUGCAUGAAUGGGACAACGCAUGAAUCGGAGAAUGCAUGAAUGAGACAACGCAUGAAUUGGACAACGCAUGAAUGGGACAACGCACGAACGAGACAACACGUAAAUAAUACAAUACGUUAUUGAGACAAUACUGGACCCUAAAUUAAUUUUUUAGGUUGUCACUCUUUCAGUUGGAAUAUUUGAAAGAAAAAUAGUUGUAAAUACGAAGAUUAAAAUGAAAGGUUUGCUAUUUCAGCCGAUGAGUUAAUAGUUGUAUUUCUUUUAAAUUUCUCCCAUUUCUUUAACAGAUUGUGAUCCAAGGAUCCUCGGGUACGUUUUACGGUGAUAUCGCUCUAGAUGACGUCAUCAUACGUAGAUGCUCACAAAGUAAGUUUAUAGCAACAUGCUGUAGAUGCUCACAAAGUAAGUUUAUAGCAACAUGCUGUAGAUGCUCACAAAGUAAGUUUAUAGCAACAUGCUGUAGAUGCUCACAAAGUAAGUUUAUAGCAACAUGCUGUAGAUGCUCACAAAGUAAGUUUAUAGCAACAUGCUGUAGAUGCUCACAAAGUAAGUUUAUAGCAACAUGCUGUAGAUGCUCACAAAGUAAGUUUAUAGCAACAUGCUGUAGAUGCUCACAAAGUAAGUUUAUAGCAACAUGCUGUAGAGUCUGACAGCCUCCGAAAUAAAACUUUCGGAGGAGCAUAUGGAAGAAUUUUUUAAUUUUUUUUUUUGUGUCUGAGGAUUGCAAACUUAGAAUUCAGAGACCUCGGGUAGACCAAACUUAGAAUUCAGAGACCUCGGAUGACCAAAUUUAGAAUUCAGAGACCUCGGGUAGACCAAAUUUAGAAUUCAGAGACCUCGGGUAGACCAAAUUUAGAAUUCAGAGACCUCGGGUAGACCAAAUUUAGAAUUCAGAGACCUCGGGUAGACCAAUCUUAGAAUUCAGAGACCUCGGGUAGACCAAAUUUAGAAUUCAGAGACCUCGGGUAGACCAAUCUUAGAAUUGAAAGACCUCGGAUAGACAAAAUUUACGUUUAAAAAAAAAAGUUGUCAAGCCUACAGUCAAAACGGCGAGAGGUUUCAUGCGCAUCCUUAAAUUUCAUCCGGGUUAGCAAUAGCUAUGGUCUGAAGUCUUUGAUUUGUAUGUUCUUUUUUGAAACAAAAUUAGAAGUUUUGCCAGCCGGUGCAAUGACAAUAUUCUUCAUUUAAAUGUCUUGAAAAAAAGAAAUAAUGGGGGAAAUUUCGGGACAAGGAAUCAUCCAUAUUCAAAUCUUAAAAUAAAAAUUCACUGUGUAUAUACAGCAGGUAGAGAUGUAAGUAACACAAAUUCAUCAUAAAUAAUAAGUUGACAUGGCAAGAACACGGUCAAAUUCUGCCAAAGACUUUUUUGACUUAAAAAUUGUAAAGCUUUUGCGUAAACAAACGCGUUAAAGACUAUGGUGAAACUUCCGGAAGGCUGCUAAAACUUCAGUAUUAACUAAACUGGAAUGGGGAUUCAUCGUCUGACAUCAUGCACCGAUUACAUUAGACAAAUCAAGAGAGCUAUCAAUAUAACACUACCAAACAUCCUGCACUUGCAGAACCGCUUGCGGAAAAUGAUGUAAAACGUUAAAAAUAAAAAAAGACAUUCGUUGAUGCAUCUACCCAAUUCUUUACAGAUACCUAAGAUCAACUCGAUCACGGCGAAAUCUUCUCCUAAAGUUAUGACCAAAAUGUAUACACAUUCUUUCGUUCCUCGUUGGUACAAAUUUACCGGCGUGCUCCCAGAGCAAAUACCAAAUCUCAGUUAUAACUAAUUAAGUCGUUGAGGGAGUUUAUUGUUUAUUAAUUUUAACACUAGAGAAAUAUCUUAUAUUUCUCGUGUUAAAUUGUAUAACAAAUUGUAAAAAAUUGCCUUGAUUAAAAAUGUAUCGAUAAAAAGAAUAGUAUCUUAUCUAUCAAUCGCUUUUUUUUCAGCCGAGGGCAGUCAACAUGCAAUGACAAAGGGAGGCAAUAAAACAACGGCUACAGGCAUAGAAUCGUCCCCCAUCAAUUUAAAGAGCCUACCCACCAAAGAAAGACAACGACCAAAGGCGGCUGGUUCGGCGGAAAGUCCGAAAAAGACAAGAACAGUAACACCAAAAAAGCAACGGAAGGAAAAAGAAAACAAAUCAUUCCAGGCUGGCAAAAAGGACACGCCACGAAAUAAGUCACAGAAUAAGUCACAGAAUAAGUCACAGAAUAAGUCACAGAAUAAGUCACAGAAUAAGUCACAGAAUAAGUCACAGCAGAGUAAAAGAAAGACAACAAACAAACAAAAAAAUCAAAACGGGAGCAACUACCAAAAACUCGAAAAUGCUGGGAGCCGCGCAAAAGAAAACAAUUAAAGGAAAAUGAAAAUUUCGUUUAUGGUCUUAACACGCAUCAUAUCACGCCAUUAUCACUAUACAGAUUAACAAUUUUAAAAAAGGCCACUUGAAAUUCAUGAUGUUACUUUUAUCCAAUAGUGUCACCUUUAAUCCUCUUAUUCAUGAAAUAACCCCAACAUUGUUAGAGGCGAUAUUUCAAUCAAAGCUCAACAUUUUUAGCACAAGCCAUAGUGUAUCAUAAAUUAAUAUCCCAUUACAUCAGUCGCAUACGAAGCGCGUGAUUUACGAGAUCAAUCUUGCUGGGG